AUGUAUGAGGAGAAGGACAAACAAGCAAACUUAUCAGCUACUAGAAAUAGGUUUAAGUUCGACUCUCAAGGACAGCCUCAAAAGUCUCAUUUGACGCGAAGAGUUCCAACAGAUAGUAUAUAUUCUCAGCGAACCACGGGAUCUGGUGCAGGAACUGUACUUAAAAAUUCGCUGGAGACUUUGAAACUGCGCCAGACAUCCGUUCGGGGCUUCUCGUCCUACGCUGCCAACCUUAUUGAAAGCCAGGAAGAAUGUUCUUCAUCCUACCCCCCCCAUGCUCAAAAAUUCUGGAAGUAUCAUGUCUUGCAAAUCAGCCAGUUUGAAUUUUAUCUUACAACAAACCCUGAUAACAGACACAAAUUUAUCAGAGGCGCACCUGGCUACUACGUUGAGCUUGUACUCAACAAUGAUUUGGAUGGAGAUUACGUUUCGGCUUCAAACUAUGGGUUUCAGUUGGUGUUUAGAAGACAAAGAUACCCAAUAUCAAAAACUGAGUCGAGCGAGACAAAAUUCGACCCGUCUCAGGUUUUCACAGUUAUGAAACAAUCGCAUUCUAAAGGGGGAGAUUUUGAGGUUGUGGGACAAAGCAGCGAGUUUGUGGAUUAUGAAGGACGACAUUCGUACACACCCAAGCAGCAAAAAAUCGCGGCCACCUUUCUAAACAAAGCCAACUCGCUCUCCCAAAAUGGUAUGGUGAUGGAAACUUGCUAUCGCCUCCAACAUCUUCGAGUCUGUACGCUUAAAGAAAAAAAGAGCACCAUAUUGUUCAAGAACAAAAUCGACGGAGUUAAGUUAUCAAAAGAAGGUUCAAUUUACUAUAUCGAUGAUAAAAUAGGUGGCUCAUACUGGCAUGAUUCAAUCAUAGGACUUUUCAGACCUUGCGAAAGAGAUAUAAAAGCCAGAAUUACGAAAAAAGUAUUUUCGAAAGGGGAUUCGUUCCAUUCAGUUCGUGAAGAGCUCAACGAGAAUUUGGAGGCAAUGAGCCUUGAUGAUGAGGAAUCUUCAAGCGACCGUACGUUUUAUUUUGCUCGAGAUGGUCUUCUUCAAAGACAUCCUCAAGAUGAUUCACCGAACGAUUACAAACUGGGCUGGAUCACUAUUUACGACAAAUCAGAUUACUUUUCAACUCCGAAUGGAAAUUGGGAAAUGGUGCUGGGAGUCACAUUUGCUGCCGCUUUUGAACUGAUAAUUGAUAGGUUUGUUCGAGAUUCGGCGUUGGCUUGAUGCCUCUUUAAGAUAAAGUGGUAAUUAAAAUACUUUAUCUUAUCAUCAUAGCUUUCCAGAUUGGUAUCACACCGGUGAAAAAUCUCAGCCCGGAAUAAUAAUUUCGAUAACAUUAACCCAUCCAGGAAGGACCGAAAAAUUUCCGGCUCUGCUUCAAAUCGAAACUAGCUUCAGUCAUAAUUUUAGGCGCGCGAAUUCAUGGCGCCUGGCGUAAAUUUCUUGUCCCCCGGUGAAUAUAUAAGAAUCUUACCCUUUUGGGAACCUUCAUUCUGAUUUGAUUUAUUAUAUAAGAAGCACAAAUUUGUCCUUCUAUUAAUCCACUGAGUACGAAGGAAAAAAUGACGGUCAAUCCUAAGAAGACAAUUUGUGUGUUUUGUGGUUCAUCAUUUGGAAAAGAAUCUUCCUAUUCUCAAGCGGCAACUGAGCUAGGGAGAUUGCUUGCGGCAAAGGAUUAUGGGCUUGUUUAUGGUGGCGGAACUACAGGACUGAUGGGACUCAUUGCCAAAUCUGUUGCAUCACAAGGUGGUUAUGUUCAUGGAAUAAUUCCCGAUGCUCUGGUCUCUAAAGAGCGAACUGACUCUGUUGAUGAGAUAAACGAAAAAAUACAAUCCGAUGUGGAAAAUCACAAAGGAGAAACACCCUUAGACGAUAGUUAUGGCAGAACUACAAUUGUGUCCGAUAUGCACACAAGAAAGAGAAUGAUGGGCAUGGAAGCUGAUGGCGGUUUUGUUGCCAUGCCUGGAGGAUUUGGCACUUUGGAAGAAAUCAUGGAAGUUACCACAUGGUCUCAAUUAGGGAUUCAUCAAAAACCUGUGGUUUUGUUUAAUGUUGAUGGCUUCUACGACGACUUCAUCAAAUUCCUGAACAAAGCAGUGGAAGCGGGUUUUAUCUCCAAGAAUAAUAGUAAUAUUGUGGCGGUUGCAAGCACACCCGAGGAAGUUAUUGAGAAGUUAGAUAAUUACGUCGUCCCAGACGGGAGAUUCAACCUUACUUGGAAAAACCAUUAGGUGGGUCACAUUUGUCACCAUGACUCCGAGGAGACUUUUCGACUCCAUCCUAAAUAAAUGCAUUUUAUUAAGCGUGCUCAGUCAUAGGUCUUGAUAUAAUCAAUACUAUCAACACAUUCAGCAACUGUCAUUUGAUUAUUGCCUAGAAUUUUGCUCACUUCGAUUCCUGCGUCAACUGUAGAUGCAUAAGCAUCAUGUUCGAGAAUAAGACCGGUUGACCCAGAAGCUUUCCAAUGUUUCACAUCGUUGAAAAUCUGGCUGGAUGUUUUGGAUGGUGGUGAUGUCUCCAUUUUCCAAUCAAACGUAUCAUAGUCCCAAAGGACAGCUUGCAUUCCAAAGGCCCUAGCAAUUUGUCUAACUCUAUCAUCAACACCACCGUAUGGAGGUCUAUACCAUUUCGGCAAAUGGGCACCAGUUGCGUUCAUCGCCCAAAUGGACCAUUCCAAUUGAGCAACAAUCUGCUCGUUUGUUAGACCUGGCAAAAACUUAUGAGACCAUGUGUGACAGCCAAGCAAAUGCCCAUUUUGUUUGAUCUGGUUAUAGAUUUCUGGAUACCGAACUACAUUCAUCCCAACAGUGAAGAAUGUAGUUUUGUGAUUUAGACCUGCAAGAAGUUUAGGCGUUGAGGCUGAAGGACCGUCAUCGAAGGUCUGAGAAAGGACGGGACAAGUGUAAGCAUCAUCGAAGGAAAUGCAUUUGAAACAAUCAAACGAGCAGCUGGAACGGUCUGGAGGACAUGUACCUGCUGACCGAGGGGGAAAGUUUGGUAUUGCUUUCAAGUCAAUGAAGUCCAAUGGAAUGUAAGGUGGGUCCGCUCCUGGCCAUUCUUUUAGUCCAGUAACAUCAGAAAGCCAUUUUGGCAUUGGAGUAGUGGCCAUCAUAGAUACGUUGACAGACGACAACUCAGUAAAAUGGUGGGUUGUAGCUCCUUGAGCAUUAAGUUCGGCAGGAGCCGCUAAACUAAAUCUUCCCUCGAAAAUAUAGAAGGCCAGGGAAAGGGGGAUAAAAUUGAAUCUCAUAGCUUAGCUGGAUAUUUGAGUUAGAUCUCGUGGUUUGUUCGUCGGGUUGAAAGAAAAGGGGAUAGUUAAUGUUCUAGACAAGGUUUCAAAUUGUCAGUUAAUUGAUUUAAGCGCCAUGAAGCAUAUGCAUCAAUAAAUAUUUAUCUUGCUUGGGUCAACGCGCUCUGGUCCGUUUUGUUGUUGUCAUCACCUGUUGUUGCACCAGGGAUACACAAGGGUGAAAUAUCCUCCAUUACCUUGUCGGAAGUAAAGCUGUCCCUCCUUCCAACAGAACUGAGAGAGUAAUUCGCAAAUGUAGGUGAGUUCCCACCUUUUUUACGUGUCUUGCUCGUUCUAAAAUCUGGCUGAUCAAAAGGCUGAGAAUCGUAAAAACUGUUAAUUCCUAGUGCUGUGGUGGAAAUGCUGGGUAGCCUUUUAGAGCUGGCGACGGACCCUCCAAUUGUUGACCGUCGCUGACUUGAAGAUCUACUUACGGAUGAGGAGUUCGAAGCAGAAGAAUUGGAGCCUGUGGAUGAUCCAGGCAUGAAUUUAGCCAGUUGCUGCUUCAAUUGUUUAUUCUCUUCUUUCAAACUUUGUAUUUCCUUCAUUAAUUUUAAAACUAUUCCUUCCUGUUCCUUCUCCAUUACAUCUAUGAGAUUCUCUGGACUCAAAGGUAUACCGCCCAUUGAGGAUCUUCUUGAUCUGGAGGAGGAACCAUUAGAUGAUAUUGAAGAAUGAGGCGCAUUCUCAAGCUUAGUAAGCGAAGAGACAUUUGUCGAUUUGGGACUUAUGGUAGCUUGGUUUGCUGAGAAAGUGGCAACAUUGGGACUGUUAAUAACUUGCGGUUCAGAGAGCAGUGUAUCCGUUGUUGAUGGCAACCUAUUGGGUAAGAUAUGACGAUCCGCCGUUAUAGGUUUAUUUAGUUGUGAGCUCGUUAUGCGCGGUGAAGUUUGUGCGCUAGGGGACUGGC